AUGCCCGCCGCCGACUUCGCCGCCGCCCAGGAACGCAUCGCCGCCCGCCGCGCCCAACGCGCCGCCCACGCCCGCACGCAGCUCGCCUCCCCACCGCCCUCGCCCGCCCUCGCCCGCCUGCCCUUCCCCCUCAACCGCCUGAGCGCCGCCGGCUUCGGCGCGUGGGACGCCGCCAAGGGCCGCGAGGGCACGCGUCCAGCAUUCCGAGUCGGGCAGCUGGACGCCGAGCUGCUCGACGACGAGCUACUGGCGCUGCUCAAGGGCCAGCUCGGCGAGGGCCUCAAGUACUUCGGCGCCCACCUGCCGGACACAUACGCGCCCGAGGUGCUGCUGGCGCUGCGCGUGGUCCUGUUCAAGCUCGGCCUCUGGAACAACCACGCCAGCUACGGCGCCCACCUGCAGGGCCUGCGCUACUCCGACGCCCGCUCGUCCGCCCCGAGCCGCCCGCCGCCCAGGCCGUGGCAGAAGGCGGCCUACGGGCUGGUGACGAUUGGGGGGCGGUACGCCUGGAGCAAGUGGGAGGCCCAUCUGCUGGCGGCCGAGGAAGACUCCGCACGCCCGCACACCGCCCGCCUCGGCUUCCUCGCCCGCGCAACCGAGGCGCUGGCCAACGCGCACGACGUCGCCUCGCUGGCCUCGUUCCUCGUCUUCCUCGCCAACGGCCGCUACCGGACGCUGACCGACCGGCUGUUGCGCCUGCGCCUGACGCCGACCUCGCACUCGACCUCGCGCGACGUCUCGUUCGAGUACCUCAACCGGCAGCUGGUAUGGCACGCCUUCACCGAGUUCCUCCUGUUCCUGCUCCCGCUCGUCGGCAUCACCCGCUGGCGCCGCAUCCUCUCGCGCUCCGUCCGCCGUCUGCGCACCGCCUUUCUAUCCCUCGUGGGCCGCCGCUCCCCAUCUUCCGCCUCCCGCGACCACGCCGACGACACCGACUCCCCAAACUCGGGGCCCCUCGCCUUCCUGCCCGACCGCACCUGCGCCAUCUGCUACCACGGCCAGAACCCCUCGACCUCGUCAGAAGCCGACACGCUCACCCACUCCGCCAGCAGCGGCGGCGGUGGUGGCGUCGUCGGCUCCGCAGCCACCGACAUCACGAACCCGUAUGCCGCCGACUGCGGCUGCCUGUACUGCUUCGCCUGCCUCGCGCAGCGCAUCGCCGGUGAAGAGGGCGAGGGCUGGUCGUGUCUGCGGUGCGGCGCCGUAGUGCAAGCGUGCGCGCCGUGGGAGGGCGACGUCGUCCCCUCGAAGACCGCACCGCGCAUCUCGUCUCCGUCUCGCGAUUCAAAACACCCACAUCUGCACAGAGAGAGUGGGAGUGGGAGUGCAAUUGCGAAAUCCGUCCUCUUUGCCCAAGACGAAGGAGAGGAAGAUGAAGAGGAAGAGGAAGAGGAAGAUGAAGAUGAAGAGCUCGAUACACACACAGAUACAGAUACAGACACCAACCCACCACUCCAGCACAUCCCUCCCUCGCCUCUCGAGACGGACGCCCUGCUAGAGACAACACACGCCCUCGAUCUCGGCGACAGUCUAGCUUUCACCGAGACGUCGGCCUGGGCUCAUGCCAGCGAUGACGAUGACGAAGACGAAGACGAGGACGAAGACGAGCAGAGCGAGGAGUACGACGAAGACGAGGGGGAGGAGGGGGAGGAACUGGAGGCUGACUAUGAGGGCAUGUAG